GAAAGCGCAGCUUCGUUCCUAUAUAUACCAGAGCCUUUAUUAAGGUUAUAUUUUCUUCGCUCUUUUCCAGUUUUCCUUCCUUCUGAAUUGGGUUUGGCGUUGAUUUUGAGCUUCAUUUUCGUUUCUCUGAAUCCCUUCCCAUUCGCUCCUUCUUCUGGUUUUUGGAGCAGACAACUGCAUUCUCCAAUAUUCCGUUCACGUCCUCGGAUUCUUGAUUGGAGCUUUUAAGUCGGGCCCAUAACGUGUGGUUGGAUAUUGUAUUGUUUCCUCUCUACUAAGUGGGGCGGAAGAACCUUUUAUUAUGCACAACCACCGAGCGCCCACACUUUGAGAUAUCAGUCUAUUGCCUGAACAUUUGAUCGCUAGGAACAUGAUAAGAUUUCAGAAGCUCUGCAUUUGAUGGACUGCUUGCCUAGCGGUUGCGACAAGAAGGCAUUGAAGAGGUGGUUUUUUAUUGAUAAGAGGGUUGGGUGAAGAAUAUAUCUGAGACUUAUCUGUUGCUUAGCGUCUCUGUAGAUUACUCAGCUGUUACAUUCGACAUAGUUUUUGCAUUAUAAGUUGUGCUACAAAUCUGGAUCCGAUGGACCUGAAGUCAUCCCGUGCUGCUUCUGUUCUUACCGAUCCUGGCCCCAUAAAUAAGUCAAGACUUUGCAUGCAUUCCAGUGUGCUGCCUUAUUCACCUCCACGAGCAGCUUUCUCUCCAGGCCUUCUCCUGAUAAUCCCGAGGAAGAAGACCGGAAUACUUGAUGACUUCCGCACUAGCAGUUGGCUGGAUGCCAUGAAGUCUUCUUCUCCUCCACCUAAGAUAGCAGCAACCAAGGAUGAGUAUUCAUCAACUGAGGCUGAUGUUGCGUACAAUGCCUGGAUGGCUAAGUAUCCAUCAGCACUUGAAUCUUUUGAGCAGAUUGCAAACCAUGCAAAAGGAAAGAGAAUAGCAUUGUUUCUGGAUUAUGAUGGGACACUUUCCCCAAUUGUAGAUAAUCCUGACUGUGCAUUCAUGUCUGAUGCUAUGCGUGCUGCUGUAAAAAGGGUGGCAAAAUACUUCCCGACGGCAAUAAUUAGUGGAAGAAGCCGUGACAAGGUGUAUGAGUUUGUAGGGCUAACAGAACUCUAUUAUGCGGGUAGUCAUGGAAUGGACAUCAUUGGCCCUGUUAGAGAAAAUAUAUCUGAUGAUCAUCCGAAUUGUAUUAGAUCAAUGGAUGAGCAGGGCAAGGAAGUUAAUUUGUUCCAGCCUGCUGGUGAAUUUUUACCUAUGAUCAAUGAGGUUUUUGGAUCCCUUGUUGAAUGUACUAAAGAUAUUAGAGGAGCAAAAGUUGAGAAUAAUAAGUUCUGCAUCUCUGUACAUUACCGUAAUGUAGAUGAGAAGAGUUGGACCGUAGUAGCCCAACGUGUCGAUGAUGUUCUAAAAGACUACCCACGUCUGCGUUUGACUCAUGGUCGCAAGGUUUUAGAGGUCCGUCCUGUGAUCAAUUGGGACAAGGGGAAAGCUGUCACGUUUUUACUUGAGUCACUUGGGUUGGGUCACUCUGAUGAUGUGCUCCCAAUAUAUGUUGGAGAUGACCAGACUGAUGAAGAUGCAUUUAAGGUUCUAAGAGAGGGCAAUCGGGGUUACGGCAUUUUAGUCUCUUCUAUACCCAAGGACAGCAGCAGUGCAGAUUACUCGCUGAGGGACCCAUCAGAGGUCAUGGAGUUUCUCUCGUCACUGGUAACAUUGAAAAAAUCAAGUGCUCUAUAAAUAUUUUAUAGGAUGGCAAAGAAGAUAUUACUCUAACAUACGCAUACAGUAAAGACAGCCUACAACAUGUUUUGAGCUUUCUAGAGUACAUACGGAGAGGUUUUGGAGCAUAGUUUUCAUUUCGUCAGGGGACUUUAUUUGGGUUUUCUUUCUAGUGUUGUUGUGCCUGCCAUAGAUGUUUCUGCUCAAAGCUUCUUGUCUUGAAAAUUGUAUAUUCCUUGCUCUGAUUAUCUUCUUCCCGAUACUGGCACUGAAGUUUUACCUUCAAAUCAUCAUAUACAAGUGUAUCAAUCAUUCAUUAGCCCCUCAGUUUUGGUCAGAGUACAUCUCCUUUUGGCUUUUGGGGUUUGUAUAAUAGAAAUAAAUAUUUUUAAGUCAUUUGUUAAUUCUUUUAA